AUGAGUUUCAAUGUGACUUCACUGCAAAACGAUUAUUAUCUGAAUCUAAAGGAUCAUAUAGACUUUUCAGUUCCAUUUUGGUAUAUUCCAUAUCUAACCUCUAUUGGUUUGAUUUCACUGGUGCUCAAUAACGCUGUGUUGUUGCUUAUUAUAUUUAAAAGCGAGAAAAUUGACAAUUUCAAGUAUUUUUUGCUUGCUCUGCAAGUAUCAUGUAUGAUGACCGACUUCCACUUGAGCAUUCUGUGCCAGCCAAUGAUUUAUCUACCGAUUUGGACAACCAAUUGUCUUGGGGUGGCAGCUUCCGCAGUCUGGUGCAACUCUCUGAUAGCUCUGGAGCAGGGCUUCAACACUUUUCAAUAUGCCUGCUUGCUCUUCUGCUUUAUGCGGAGACACCAGACACUUGCAAAAAUCAUGAACAAACAUGUUAUCCCGGCUACCGCGUUUAAGUGUCUAAUGAUCACAGGAUUCUCCUUUUCCCCACUCGGAUCAUUCUUCUGGUACCAUGCUGGAAUAGCUGAAGAUCUGCUACCAGGCUUUGUAAAUCUGACAUACCCAGAAUUCAAGGCUGAAUUCUCAAACCUUAAGAAUUUCACAAUACACCAACUGAAUAUAUACAUGUUUCUUGUCGGAGUAUGUGGGUUUCUGGGGAUCUUUGGCGUGUUCCAGGUGAUUGCUAUGACAACAGUGGACACUAUGAAAAUGUUGAAAGGAGCGCGGAGAACAAUUUCAGCGCAGAGUUAUAAUCGUCAAAAAUCUGCGUUAAGAAGUCUGACAGCUCAAUUUUUGGCCUCCACUUUAAUGGUUCUACCUGCAUCUUCAUUCUUUGUUAUAAUGACCUACCCGAUAAAAUAUGGACAGGAUAUAAUAAACGUGUCUAUGGCAAUAUUUGCUACCCGAUCUUCUGUGAACGCGGUAAUCUUGGUCGUGACUACGCCUCCGUAUAGGGCAUUUUUGUUCGGAAGAGUUAUGUCAAAUCGGCAGAAGCCUUCUACAGUUGUGGUAUCAAUAAAUCAUACUGCUUAAUUUGAUCGUUUGGAAUGCAAACUAAUAUUUAAAAAAAUCGUGACUGGUCCCUCUGGAAUGUUGCUCAUCAGGACACCGAAAAAACCCAACAUUGCCAGAACAGCACAGCUUUGACUGGGAUUUGGAUAGCGUUAAAUUCGCUUUGCAAAAGUUGAGAACUUUUGAAUAUACUAUAUUAUCUUUUCCAUGUGUGUCGUUGGUGUAGUUGGUUUUUUGUCGGGAUCUUUGUUGUGUUCCAGGUUAUAAGAAGAAAGUAAUUCAUG